GAAAAAUCUGGAAUCACUCUCACUCAAAAAUAGCGAAGAAACCCAAUGUGGAAAUUUAUGGGGAUUAAAGGUUGCUUCGAAUGUGUUCUUCAUUUACCAAGUCGAAGAUGGGUUCGGAAAUGCCAUCGCCCGAGCUCUCAACCCUACUCUCCAGCCUUACAGUAAAGUCUCAGAGGUAUUAAACUUGGAAUUAGGGGAUGUAAAAUUGAAUGGCUCUGUUACUCAAUUGAGAGAUAAAGACAAUUUGAAGGCAACUAUGGUAAUGAUAGAUCAUUCGGAGCCGCCAGCACUGCCUCAUGCUAUAUAUUCAGUUCUGACAAAAAUUGUGGAUGCAGAGCACAUAUCAUCUACUGUGCCCACUAUCAUAUCCCCUUUUCUUGUACCGGCAUCAAAGCUUAAGUUGGAAGGUAGAUUGAUGACAACAAAUAGCGGAAAGCUCCCUCUUUAUGGUAUCCAAGUAGGCCCUGAGACUGAUGUAAGUCGAGCCAUUGCUUCCAAAACCCAGAAGCCACCUCCUCCAUCUUUGCAAAUUCAUUACGAGCCUCUGGCCUGCUUUCUUCACCUGGUUCAUGCUUCAAACUUGCCGACUUCUAUUAUAGUUGUCCAACGAAGUCAAAGCCCAUUUAAUCAAGCUUUAAAUGUGGAUCUACAGACCCUCUGUGAGAUAGGAGAGCUUGCCGCAAAGGCAGCAAGUGGUGGUGGUGGAGAGCCAUGGCGCACAUUCCAUGGUUAAAUGUUUUAGGUUCCUGCAGGAAGCAGAAACUGAGGUUUAGCAUGUGAGUGGGUGCACAUUGUAGUCAAAACUAGGGCCCGUGGUGCUGAAUUUUUUCGGAUAUGAUACGAAAUGAAGUCAGCAGACAGCAGCAGUGGCUUAAAAUAGUUGAAAGAUGAUCUUAUAUGUUCCAUAUUUGUCGGAUGUAUCAUAUAAUCUGGGAAUUCAGUGCCUGAUAGGUGUUC